AUGCAUAUGCGCAUGCGCAUCCCAUUCUUCCGCAUCUGGUACAGCAGCACAUACACCGUCUUCUUCGUGAUCUUGCUUUUCCUCCUCACCGCAACUCCUGCCGACAUCGUCUACCAGUCCAUCCGUUUCCGUAACCCGCAGCUGUAUAACGUCUUCAUCGUCGCCGGUGUGCACGUGCUGACCGCUGUACUCGCCAUAUUCAUCUAUGCCAGUAGGAUCUAUACGAACCGCACUGUUCUGGCGGGGAUACCCAAGAGCUACAUCCCCGUCGAGCCCGGCGAGGUCGGCAAGAAUGUCAGGCGUAUGAUCGCGAAGCAGCUGGAGCGCAGCGCUCUCAUCGCAUGGGAUGCGCGACCACGGGACCUGGGGGCAGAAGUACAAAGCGACGACAAGAACAGGACGACAGCCUCACAGCCGCCAACCGCGCAACAGCAGCAGCAGCCAGCCCAGCGCAACCACCCCUCUACCAUAAAGAACUACACCCGGCCCCUCGAUCCCGCGACUGUGAUUCCGAUCUCUGCUUCCGCGCCCCCUUGGGGACCCAUCGCGCACCCAGGCUGGUCGUCUCCAUCGUCGCCGGACUGGCCCGAUGUCCACUUCUGGACGAUCCUGCCCGAGCUACCCCACCUCAUUGAAGCCAGAGCCGUCGCGCUCGCGCCGCCGGACCCUGCUUUCGCGUUUGGGGACUUGGGUAUUGGCAUAGCAGGAUUGGGAGGUCAGGAAGCGGCGGCCCCUGCUGUGCCUGUGCCGGAUGCCCGAGUCGUCGCGGAACUGCAGCGGCCGCCGAACAUGGGGCUGAGGGAGUAUCUGGGCCGGUUGGCGGGGCUGGGGCUGGUUGAUGAGGUGCUGGGCGCUCGUUUUCUGGAGCUGUAUGAGUACGCGAGGUUCUCGACGCAGCCGCUGACGGAGGGCGAGUUUGGAGAACUGUUGCGGCUGCACUCGGAGAUCCUGAAUGGGAUGACGGAGUUGGAUCCCGCGGUUAUCAAGGCUAUUGUACAGCAGGAAGAAGAGGGAGAAGAUGCAGACGAAAUUCAGACGGGCGCGCUCUUCGAUGUCAUGCAGAUACCCACGCUUUCGGAGUCGUCCGAGCCGUCUAGCGAUGCGGACACAGAAUCUAUCUUGCGCUAUCAAACACCACGACCAGACCGCAUUCCUUCGUCGUCACCUUCAUACUACGCCAGCCCCGUCUCCUCGCGGCGCUUGAGGCGGAGUAAUACGACUGGGACAGUACAAACCCGGGCCCCGAGCGCCGGAGUUGUCACAAAAACACAACAAACUCCUUCCGAAUCUGAGGCAGAGGAGGACGAGGCAUCUCUGUCGUCUGUAGUAAGAAGACAGACCCCUACCGCUGCGCGGAGUCAGUCCCCUUCAGAAGCCUCCUUUGUCUCCGGACAGUCAGUGGUAAGGCACUCGCCGCCGCCUUCACCGCUGUCGCCGUUUCCGGUCGGACAGGACGCGCGGGAAUUUGGGUUUCAGGGAGGCUGA